AGCCCAGUCCAUAUAGACUCGGCUACAGGUGAUAUCGCUCGCUCACACACAUGAACGACACGCCCGUUAACGUUUAAGAGCGUACUAUUUGAUCAGAGAGAGAGAGAGGCAGAGUAUUAAUGGCAGCGAUCACCGGCGGCAAUGGAGGUGACGGACGGUUGGAAUGCAUGACGUCGUUCGUUUUCAAAGGGAGUGUACAGAGCUAUAGGUACUACCUUUCUCGUAGGACUGUGUUGGAGAUGCUUAGAGACAGAGGCUACGACGUGGCUGACGCGGAGCUGAUUCGCUCUCAAACUGAGUUCCGCGCGGUGUUCGGUGAAGAUCCUGACCUGGAACGCCUUCGCAUCCGCGUCUCUCUCCGCUCCGACCCUCGCAAGAAGAUCCUUGUUAUCUUCAUGGGAACUAAUGUAAUCACAAAACCAAGCAUCCGUGCUUUGCGUGGUCAGAUUCUCCAUGAACAGUUGCAUGGACUUAUUCUAAUCUUGCAAAGCAAAAUGAAUGCCUUUGCUCGGAAAGAACUGCAAACUUUUGGCUUCAAAGUGGAGAUUUUCCAAAUCACUGAUUUAUUGAGUAAUGUUACAAAGCAUUUGCUGAUGCCAAAGGUUGAGGUACUUACUGCUGAAGAGAAGAUAAUGCUGAUGAAGAAAUACAAAUUGGAAGACAAGCAGCUCCCUCAGAUGCUAGCAACUGACGCAGUAGCACGAUACUAUGGAUUGGAGAAGGGGAAUGUGGUGAAAUUCAGUUAUGCCGGUGGCCUUGCUGAUUCCAUCGAAACUUACCGCAACGUAGCGUGAUGCCAUUUAGGAGGACAGUUGCUUAUUGGCGUGGUGCCGCCAAACAGGAAUACAUCAUAUCUAGAAGAUUUUACAAACCCUUCCCAACACCCUAAAGAAGAUUACAAGUGCAAUACAUCAAUAGUGAUAAAAAGUGUGAAUUUUCCUUUUCCUUUUCAUUUGUUUUUAUUUUGCUAACGCGUACAUGAAGGAACUUGUUGGAGCAAUGACUUGCACACUUUA